UCACUGCAACGUUCACUCAAUCUUCCCUCCCUCCAAUGGCUUUCUCACUCCUUUCGCUUCCCAAAUUUCUCGCUCCUCAACCCAACCACAUAUCUUUAAUUGGCCAUCACCGCCAUCGCCACCGUCGUGUCUAUUUUAAGCCUCUUCGUCUUCCUUCUCUCCGCCGCCUUCCGGCUAUCGGCCCUGACGGAAAGUAUUAUCCGACUCCCUCUGAUGAUGACCCGCCCGAAGCUCCUGAGGACUCCAUGCACGGCGUAGACAAGUUUCAGCAAAUCCACCGCCAAGCUGCCCGUGCCCGCAAAAUCCAAGAAGACGACUUUAACAAGCACAAGUCAAAUUACCUUUCUGCCAUUGCUGACGUGGACGAAGACUUGUUGAGUAAAGAGAAAGCGGGAAAUGACGACGGAGAUGAUUUGUUCGGUGAAAUUGAUAAAGCCAUUGCCAUGAAACGGGAAGAGUUGGUUAAGCAAGGUUUGUUACAACCCGCACCUAAAAAAUCGGGAGUCGUUGAUGACGAGCUGGACGCUGAUGAAGUUGUUGACUUGGAAGAAAUUGAUCAAUUACGAGGUUUGACUGCCGUAUCUGAUUCGGAAGAUGGAGAAAAUGAAGAUUCUGAGGAAGAAUUUUCUUCGAAAUAUGAUGUCAGUUUGAGUGACUCUGAAGGUAAAGAAAGAGCUAAUUUGUUUGAUCCAUCAUUUGAUAUAGACUUAGAUAGUUUUAGAAAGAGUAAGGUUAGAAUUGUGGAACCUAAGUUUAAAAUGAGUUUAGCUGAGCUUUUAGAUGAAAGUAAAGUGGUGCCGGUGUCGGUUAAUGGGGAUAUAGAGGUUGAGAUAACAGGGAUACAGCAUGAUUCUAGGUUGGUUAGUGCUGGGGAUUUGUUUGUUUGUUGUGUUGGGAGAAAAACUGAUGGGCAUUUGUACUUGAGUGAAGCUGAUAAGAGAGGAGCUGUUGCUGUUGUAGCAAGUAAAGAGAUCGAUAUUGAGGAUACCUUGGGAUGCAAGGCAUUAGUCAUUGUUGAGGAUACUAAUUCAGUUUUGCCUACACUAGCUGCAUCAUUUUAUAGACAUCCUUCAAAGAAUAUGGCUGUUAUUGGGAUCACUGGGACUAAUGGCAAAACAACCACAUCUUAUUUGAUAAAAGGGAUGUAUGAGGCAAUGGGUUUAAGGACUGGGAUGCUAAGUACGGUUGCCUAUUAUAUACAUGGUGAUAAUAAGUUGGAAUCACCGAAUACAACUCCUGAUGCUGUUUUGGUUCAGAAUUUGAUGGCAAAGAUGUUGCAUAAUGGAACUGAGGCUGUUGUCAUGGAGGCUUCUUCUCAUGGAUUGGCUUUAGGGAGGUGCAACGAGGUUGAUUUUGAUAUCGCGGUGUUUACUAAUUUGACUAGGGAAAAUUUAGAUUUCCAUGGGACUGAAGAGGAAUAUAGGGAAGCUAAAGCAAAGUUGUUUGCAAGGAUGGUGGAUCCUGAGAGGCAUAGGAAAGUUGUUAACAUUGAUGAUCCACAUGCACCUUUUUUCAUUGCUCAAGGUAACCCUGAAGUUCCUGUGGUGACAUUUGCAAUGGAGAAUAAGAAUGCAGAUGUUCAUCCCCUUAAGUUUGAGUUGUCGCUAUUUGAGACUCAGGUCUUGGUUAACACACCACAUGGGAUAUUGGAGAUUUCAUCAGGUUUGCUCGGAAGGCACAAUAUCUAUAAUAUACUCACGGCUGUGGCUGUUGGGAUUGCAGUUGGGGCGCCGUUAGAGGACAUUGUUAGAGGGAUUGAAGAGGUUGAUGCUGUUCCAGGAAGGUGUGAGUUAAUAGAUGAGGAGCAGGCAUUUGGAGUCAUUGUGGACUAUGCCCACACUCCUGAUGCCUUAUCUAGACUGCUAGAUUCUGUAAGAGAGCUUGCACCAAAAAGGAUUAUUACUGUUAUUGGUUGCCCUGGGGAGAGUGACCGGGGGAAAAGACCAAUGAUGGCGAAAAUUGCAACAGAUAAAAGUGAAGUGACUCUCUUGACAUCUGAUAAUCCAAAGAGUGAAGAUCCAUUGGACAUAUUGGACGACAUGUUAGCUGGCGUGGGGUGGACAAUGCAGGAUUAUUUGAAAUAUGGAGAAAAUGAUUACUAUCCACCUCUCCCAAAUGGCCAUAGACUUUUUCUGCAUGAUAUUAGGCGGGUAGCUGUACGUUGUGCUGUUGCCAUGGGAGAAGAAGGCGAUAUGGUUGUGGUUGCUGGCAAAGGCCAUGAAACGUAUCAGAUUGAAGGUGACAAAAAGGAGUUCUUUGAUGACCGUGAGGAAUGCCAGGAAGCAUUGCAAUAUGUUGAUGAGCUCCACCAAGCAGGAAUAGACACCAGUGAAUUCCCAUGGAGGUUGCCAGAGAGUCAUUAAUUUCCAUGAGUGUACAGAUAAAUUGAUGUUAAUACCACAGAAGGGAAUAAUAUACCUCUAGGUCAAAAUUCUGUAUUUUGGCCCUUACUGAAAAACACGAUAUUGUUGCUAUUCUGGUGCAGGAAUUCAUUGUUUGAGGGCAUGAGCAUUGCUAAAUAGAGAACAGUAAGAACUCCACUUGUAGUUGUAUUUGUAUUCCUUGAAGUUUAACUGUACUCCUUUUGGAUGUUAGUUAUGAGUUACUCCUUGAUUUUCUUUAGUGUUGAUCAAACGCUUUUAAAGCGGGAGACAGGUGAGCAUGGAGUCGAUUAUACUGUAUGCUUAGAAGCAGAAUUCAGUUCAUUUCUAAAUUUUCAAUUGUAACUCUAAUUUCUUCUUACUUUUAUUCCUAAAGAUUUAGAUUCUUUCAAUCCA